AUGCGCCUCCUUGGAGUGGGGGGUAGUAGUGUAGUCUUCGCGCUGCCCGACAACGACGACGAGGCGGCGGGAGAAGAGAAGAGGGAAGAGAGCAUAACAGAGGCGGCGGUGGUUAUUGCUUCGCUCGCCGAGGAACUAAUUGCAAGGGAAAGAAACGUGUCGCACCGGCUGAGAAGCCGCUUUGCGCUACGGCUAAGUAAACAAAUCACUUUUGUAUGCUUGACGUGCGAACAGGCCCUGGCGAGAUACGUCGGAUUUCGGCAUGAAAUUUCACUGACGGAGGAGCUUGUGAAGAGAUGUGCUGCCGCUGCUUCCCCGUCUUUACGGCAACACUGCGAGGGCGCAGGGCACGCCAACCUCAUUCCCAACUUUGCAAUCAAUCCAGUUCUUCUGAUGGAGGGUAGACGCGGGUCACAAUGGCUGGCUGUAGAAAUUAAGCCAAAGGGGGUGUGGCGAUCCCCGCGUGUGGUUGGCAUCGUUGUGGAUGGCGUCAAAUAUUACAUUAAUCCAGUAAAGCUCCAACAAUGCCGUUUUUCUCUUAUGCAGGUCUUUAAACGUGAACAACGUAGGGUGGGAAUGGCGCUACCAGGUGAAAGAGACUCCGUGUACUGUCCCAACAUGCUACUACUGGGGGAUCAAACGUCUGUGGCAGCUGGACUACGGCAAUUGAUUCGUUGUCCGGCAAAUAAUUUCCGUUUUAUUCCCGUUGAAAAUCCUUUGGGUGAGAUUGGCGAUGCGGAACUUGAAGAUUUGUCCACUGCGUUACAUGAAUCAGACGUUUUUAGGGUAUUGGCAAACUUACAGCUGUACGGUUCUGCCAGUCACUCGGACUGGGAAGUGCUGGACAUUGAACUUUUGUAUCAGUGGAGUUGUGCCAGAGACAUGUCGAGUGUGCGGUGGAUUGUGCGUGAAUCGGAGGCCUCGGCCUUUUUGAACGUGGAAUGCGCUUGCCAGCGUGGCAUACAUGCAGUCACAAUGGACGAAGGGCAAACGGAGGACAUUACUACUAUACAUCUUCUUUCUCCACCAAUGGGGCUAAGGGAAUGCAUCGAUCGUUUUUAUGUCUCGACCACGGCCAACGAUGUGUCCGUGGUGGUGUCACUGUCGAAGGGGAAUGUGGCGGCUGCAGCUGGACCCACAACCGCCGUCGAUGGGCCAACAGGGAGUAGACGGUCUUUGGAACUGACCCAGUGGAGGAGUUUAUAUGGUGGUGUUUUUGUGGAUUUUGGUUUUCCCACCGCAAGUAUUUUACGCAUUGGUGUCGUGGACAUUGACGCCAAGUUGCAUAAAUCGUUACAACAUUACUUUGAGUUCAACAAAGACAUUCUCGCCGCCUGGGAGCGCUGGAAAAGCGUGUGGAGGCCACCGCUGCGCAGUGCCGCUGCGUAA